AUGAAGAAAUUACGUGCAGUUGUGGUUGAUGAUCAAAGGGUGCAGCUUAUGUACGCCUCACGGAUGCUCCGGACUUCAUCAUUUGAAGUUAUUGCUGCUGUUGAAAGUGGAGAAGCUGCUCUCGAAUUCCUUGGAUUAACUGGAGAGAAUGAUGUGAAGGUCGAUGUCGAUCUCAUACUAACUGAUCAUGAUAUGACGGGAAUUAGUGGUUACGAGCUACUCCUUGAACUCAAGAAAUCAGAGCUGAGCAAUGUUCCUGUGGUCAUAUUGUCCGCUGAUGCAAAUGAAGAGCGCAUGAAAAAAUGCAUGGAUGGAGGGGCGCUCAUGUUUCUAGAAAAACCACUGCAGGCCAAAGAUGUUGCUAAUGUGUAUAACGCAAUCGUUGAAUAA